GAUCCUCCAGCUGGAGUUAGUGGGGCCCCAUCAGAAAACAAUAUCAUGGUGUGGAACGCUGUCAUUUUUGGACCAGAGGGAACACCUUUUGAAGAUGGAACCUUCAAACUUACCAUUGAAUUCACAGAGGAAUAUCCUAAUAAACCUCCAACAGUGCGAUUUGUCUCCAAAAUGUUUCAUCCAAAUGUGUACGCAGAUGGCAGCAUAUGCUUAGAUAUACUUCAGAAUCGUUGGAGUCCAACCUAUGAUGUGUCUUCAAUCUUAACUUCAAUACAGUCUUUAUUGGAUGAGCCAAACCCAAACAGUCCAGCUAAUAGCCAAGCAGCCCAGCUGUACCAGGAAAACAAGCGGGAGUACGAGAAGAGGGUUUCUGCUAUUGUUGAACAGAGUUGGCGUGACUGUUGACCCCUGUUAACGUUCCAGUAUGAACAGUGUCCAGCCCAGAAUCAAGAAACCACCGAUCAAGAAAACAACUGAUCUCACAGAAAUAAAAUGACACAUCUUAAAAAUC